AUGGAGACACCCAUAACUAAACACAAAUCCAGAGCUUCAUUAGGUAAUACUAUUAAACGUUCUAUACGAUCGACGCGUAAAGAUCCAGGAAGUGCUGGUAAAAAGCGCAGAGUAGUAAACGCUACGCAAAAAAAUAUUGCUCGUGCGCUAAAAAAUGGUAAACCGGUUAGCAUUGAGUCAGCAAACACGUCUGCCUAUGAAGGGCGUAUUACCAGAGCGAGAAACGCGGCCUUAAACGAUGCAUUUAAGGAAACUCCAUCCCGAAUGUUGCGACAAUUAUCUAAAGUUUUGUCUAGGCCUCCUGCAGAAUGUCAAACCCCAAGACGAAAUUCUAUUAGAGCAGGAACACAGACAACUCCUGGUUCAGUACGUCUUACACCAAGUUCUAUAAAACGGUCGGCUAAGAAAUCGAAUAAUAAAAGUAAAAAUGCAGUUACAACGAAAAAGCAAUCACCACAAGACUUAUUAAGACAAUUGACUCGAGCGCCCGGGUUUGUGCAAGAACCUAAAGAAGUUACGGUCGAGUCAAUGGGAGUUUUUGUACAGGAAACAGACGAUAAUGCCAUUACUAGCAUUGAUCCUAAUAUAACUAAAAACUUACAAGAAAAUAACCUAAUGGAGAGUACAGAGCUCGAGGAGCAAAAUAAUGUUCAAAUACAGCAAUUCGUCGAAGAAAUUGAUUCAAUGAAUAUAGAAUUGCAACUUCAUGACGGGAUGGAUAACAGUGACGACGAAAUUUCUAAUUAUUUCGAUCAAACUGAAACAAUGGAAUUUACGGGAGAGGUAGUCAAUAAUCAAAAAAUGCGUAUUGAAUUUAAUGAACCAAUUCAAAUCCAACCUCCAGAUGAAAAUUUCAACAUAUUCGAAGAUCAAGGAUUUGAAGGUAAUGCUGAUAAUAGUGACAUCGUCGAUGCAUUUCAUUCUCCUUUAGUCGAAUCAUUGGAAUCCCAGGAGAGAAAUGACUAUGAUGAUCUUAAUAUGGAACAGGAAUGUGAUCAGGAAUUGAAUUAUAGUCCAAAAAACAAAAAAAUAAGAGCGAGUAAACAUACAGGAAUAGCACGGCUUCCAAAUUCUUUGAUUAAGAGUCUAUUUAAUAAAUGUUCUAAUUUCAAAGUGUCAAAGGAGGCUAUGCAAGCAGUAUUUGAUGGGACUCAAGAAUAUUUCGAGCAAAUUUCAAAUGAUUUGAACACAUAUGCAUCACACGCGAAUAGAGAAAUUAUUCAAGAAAAAGAUGUACAUUUAUUAAUGAAAAGACAAGGAUUAAUUACAGAGAAGAGUACUUUUGAAUCUUUAGUGGAACAAUAUUUACCGCGUGAAUUAUCUGAUGAAAUUUGCCCAUAUGCUCGCGCCGGAAAUAAAGUCUAUCCCCCAAUUCAAUUGAAAAAAAAAAGAAUGAAAAAACGAGAUAACUAA